UGGACUCUGACCUCGGACGCUCAAGUCACAACGAUCCCAACAUGGACAAGAGCACAAUUGUUCCUGCCGUGGUGGCCUUGGCUCUGAUCGUGGUGACCAUCCUCUACUUCCUCCUCCGAAGUUCUACAGGAGAGAAGAAGACGCGGCCCAUCACUCUGCAGGAUCCCACAGUCAAAUAUCCGCUCCGCCUUAUCGACAAACAGGAAAUUAGCCAUGACACCAAAAGGUUUCGGUUCAGUCUUCCUUCCGCAACUCACAUCCUCGGACUGCCAGUAGGUCAGCACGUGUACCUGUCAGCAAAGGUGAACGGCAGUCUGGUGGUCAGAGCCUACACGCCGGUCUCCAGCGACGACGACCUGGGACACGUUGACCUCGUGGUUAAGGUUUAUUAUAAGUGCUCUCAUCCAUCUUACCCGGAGGGAGGAAAGAUGUCUCAGCACUUGGACAGCUUGUCCAUUGGAGAUACCAUCGACUUCAGAGGACCUAAUGGACUGUUGGUGUAUAACGGCAAUGGUCACUUUUCCAUCCGAGCCGACAAGAAGUCGGAGCCAAAGGUUUGGAAGUUUAAACACGUCGGCAUGAUCGCUGGUGGAACAGGUAUCACUCCUAUGCUGCAGUUAAUUCGCAGGAUCACCAGCGAUCCCACUGAUGACACCAAGUGCUCGCUCAUAUUUGCCAACCAGACUGAGAAAGACAUCCUUCUGAGGGAGGAACUGGAGGAGGUGGUGAGGAACCAUCCUGAGAAAGUAAAGCUCUGGUUCACUCUGGACAAACCUCAACAGGACUGGUGCUACGGCUCAGGUUUUGUGACCUAUGACAUGAUCAAGGACCACCUACCUGCGCCGUCCUCUGAUGUACUUGUGGUCCUGUGUGGUCCUCCACCUAUGAUCCAGAAUGCCUGUCUGCCAAAUCUGGACAAACUAGGACAUAAAACACAAAACAUCUUUGCAUACUAGUAACUCUGUAUUAAGUGUAAUCUUUGAGUCAUGAUACAGAGUCCCUGUAGAUACACACACUGCAUCAUGAUUUGUCACAAAAUAUAAAAUAAGCAAACUGAUGAGAUGUUUCAUUAAGAGGUUUUACUGAUGUUUGUGGAGUAACAGGUUACAUUCUGUAUUCAGGAAACAACUGAAUUCCAAUAAUGAUACAAAU